CCAUUACUGAGUCCCUUCUUCUCACUGUAAUGUCCUAUGAUCGAUAUUUGGCCAUCUGUCACCCACUGAGAUAUUCCUCUAUUAUGGACCUGAAACAUUGUGUUUAUCUUGUUAUUCCUCCCUGGCUACUGGGUUUGCUCUUUGCACUGCCCCAUAAUAUUAUUUUAAGUCAAAUGACAUUUUGUGAGUCAAAUACUAUUAACCAUUUUUACUGUGAUUUGGUUCCCCUUCUUAAACUGUCUUGUUCAAGUACGUUAGCUAAUGAAAUAGUGAUCAUUAUAUUGUCUUUUCCAGUAACUUUGUGUCCAUUAAUAAUUAUAACAUGGACUUACAUUAGUAUUUUAUUAACAAUUCUUCAUAUCUCUGCCACCACCGGGAAACAGAAAGCCUUCUCCACCUGCAGCUCCCACCUGACCGUCGUAUGUCUAUAUUACGGUACACUAGCAUUUAAUUAUCUGUUUCCCUCUAAAGAAGAAUACUUGGGCCUUCAAAAGUUAUUUUCUGUGCUUUACACUGUAGUCACCCCGUUAUUAAACCCAAUUAUAUACAGUCUGCGGAAUAAGCAGAUCAGAGGAGAAAUAAUGAAAUUUGUCUUCAGGAGGAAAAAUAAAUAAAAAAACAGAUGUAUGUACAGUGUAUGAUGUUUUUAAGCACAACACAUUAUAGUACUAUGUGUUAUAUUAAGGAAGAAGAUGUACAAACGUAGUUUCAAGUCAAAUGAUCCCGACAAUCUGACCGGUUUGGCAGAAUACAGAAAAUUCAGCUUGGCCAAACUAUUUUAUAGUCAGAUGUUGGUUGGGUUUGGAGAAAUGGAGAUCCUCAUUUGGAAACUGAAUCAGGAGAGUAAAAAGAGUGCAAAAAUAGGUCAAUCAAUGUGCUGCAAAUUAAAAACUAAAUAAACAAAAUGAAUAAACAUAAAACGUAAAAAUAAAAAAAAAACCUCCGAACACUCAAUCGGCCCAAAUUCAGCCACAUUGCAGUUCACCCUAAAAUGACAAAGUCUAGAGGUGAAGAGAAUAGGAAGGGUCCCUGCACUUUUUAUUAUAUUACACAUUGCAAGUGUUUUGAAUCUGGACUUUUCAAAUAUAAAGAGAUGUAAGAAAAUAUGUUUGAAAUAUACCUGUUAAUAAAGAAAGAGAACUCAAAAAUUCAAACAGUGGGGAGUACAAGAUGCUCAGAGGCAGGAGAGAGGAGAGGGGAUCAAGACUGGGCCUUCUAGUAUAACCACAGAAAGGAAGAUAGGUGCGUUAAACAUUAAACAUUAAAUAUACUAGUUAGGAUUUCUCAACCAUUUGAAAUUUAAGGUAAAAAAAGAACUGGAAGCAAAUCUCUAUAUUAUAGACCUGUGAGCUUAACUUCUGUGGCUGGUAAAAUAUUUGAAAGGUUAUUAAGGGAUAAUAUUCAAGAAUUCCUUGAGAAGAAUAUGGUUAUCAGCCAGCAAAAAUCAGCACGGUUUUAUGUAGCACAGGUCAUGUCAAACUAACUUGAUUGCGUUCUACGAAGUAGUAAGUAGAAGUAUAGAUCAGGGUGUUGCUGUGGAUGUGAUCUUUUUGGAUUUUGCCAAGGCAUUUGAUACAGUUCCACACAAUAGAUUAGUGUUCAAACUCAAGGAAAUCGGUCUAGAUGAAAAUGCUUGUUCUUGGGUAGGACAUUUGCAAACAGAGUACAAAGAGUUGUCAUUAAUGGUAAAUUUUCAAGCUGGACAGAGAUGGCAAGUGGUGUCUCUCAGGGGUCUGUUCUGGGACCCCUUCUAUUUAACAUGUUUAUAAAUGAUCUUGAAGACAGCAUUGAAAGUCAUGUUUCAGUGUUUGCAGAUGACACAAAACUUUGUAAAAUAAUACAAUGUGAGCAAGAUAUUACUUUGCUGCAGAGGGAUUUAGAUAGACUGGGGGACUGGGUACUCAAAUGGCAGAUGAAAUGUAAUGUUGAAAAAUGCAAAGUUAUGCACUUCGGCGUAAAGAAUACACAAGCAACGUAUACUCUUAAUGGAAGUGAAUUAGGGAUAACAACACAUGAAAAGGACUUGGGAAUUGUUAUAGACAACAAACUAUGCAACAAUGUACAAUGUCAAUCAGCAGUGGCCAAGGCCAGUAAGGUGUUGUCAUGCAUGAAAAAGGGCAUUCAUUUUUGGGACGAGAAUAUAAUUUUGCCUCUUUAUAAAUCACUGGUAAGACCCCAUAUUGAAUAUGCUGUGCAAUUUUGGGUACCUGUUCUAAAGAAGGAUAUUAUGGCACUAGAAAAAGUGCAGAGGCGGGCUACAAAAUGAAUAAAAGGAAUGGAACAUAUCGGCUAUGAAGAAAGGUUAACAAAUUUAAACCUAUUUAGUUUAGAAAAACGUCGCCUGAGAGGGUAUAUGAUAACAUUAUACAAAUAUAUUCGGGCCAAUACAAACCAUUGUGUGGAAAUAUAUUCACAAACCGGACUUUACAUAGGAUACGAGGCCAUGCGUUUAGACUGGAAGAAAGAAUAUUUUGUCUAAGGCAAAGGAAAGGUUUUUUUACUGUAAGAACAAUCAGGAUGUGGAAUUCUCUGCCUGAAGAAGUGGUUUUAUCAGAGUCCAUACAGACCAGUUCAAACAGCUACUAGAUGCAUACUUGCAAAAACAGAAUAUUCAAGGAUAUAAUCUUUCAAUGUAGGGUAAUAACUGCUUGAUCCAAGGAUAAAUUAGACUGCCAUUCUGGGGUCAAGAAGGAAUUUUUUUCCUAGCUUGUUGCAAAAUUGUGCUUCAAACUGGGUUUUUCUUGCCUUCUUUUGGAUCAACAGCAAAAAACAAAUGUGAGGUAGGCUGAACUCGAUGGACCCAAGUCUCUUUUCAGCUAUGUAACUAUGUAACUAUGUAAAUCUGACAUUGACAUUUUAUUCUAUUGUGGCUGUAUCUGGUUUUAACAUCUGUCUAGUGAAUAAACCUUUUUUAGUCAUACGCAUGUUACACACAAACUACAUCAGUGAAAACAAUGACAAUACAAAACAAGAUUAGUUUUUAUUUUCUGUUUGUUUCUAAAACACAUUUUUUUUUAUUAUUAAGUUUGGACAGGAGUUAGAUAAAGCUGUAUUUUGAUCACUUCUUGAUAGAUAAAAAUACCCCAAAUAAGAACUUUCGGUGCAUCUAACAUUUUAGACUAAUUUUGGCAGACUGCCUUCUAAAUAUAUUUGAUUUAUAUUACUAGUUACUUGGCUUCAGCCAUCUUGUUAGCUAUAAAUUGAUUUACUUACUAUUUUUCUCUUUAGACAUUUUAUAGGAACUUUACUUUUGGAACAUUUUUAUUUCUGCAACAAAUCUUAGGAGGAGCAGAUCACUUGAGAGGAGAACCACGAGAACUGUGUGAAUAGAGAUACAAUAUACACUUCAUAAAUGUUACUAUACACCAUUGGAACCAUCCACAAUGUACACUAUAUGAAUAUGAAUGUAUUGGGGCACACCUCUUAAUUAUCGAAUCUACGUGUUUCAAUCAGGCCCAUUGCCACAGGUGUAUAACGUCAAGCUCCUAGCCAUGCUGUCUGCAUUUACAAACUUUGUUCAGCUAAGUGAAUUCAAGUUGUCAGGAUAUUUAUAUUGGCAGACAUUUUGCACUAAGAUAGAAAUUAAAAGUGUAUAUUGCCAGAGUCACUCAGAACAGAGCGGACUCCAUUUUGGAUUUCAGGCAAGACAGACACAAAAUUUCUUUCCUUUCUGCAACUAGCCACUAGCCUGAGCUAAGGAAUGCAUUAUGUAAACAAGCCAAGUGAUAAGCAAUGAAGCAGGGGGAUGGAAUGCUCUGUUUAAAUGUUAAUGGAAUAGAAAUAAUUUUAAACACAGACACCAGUGACAGAGAAGACUCAGUAAUUAAUUUUACUUUCUUAAUCUUACAAGGUCCCAUUGUAAGUAAGGGGUGAAAUUGAGUUUAGAACUGUCAAUUUUAGAAAUUACAACAGGAAUUGUCGACGCACUGUCUGGAGAAAAUCCAAAGAAACGCUUUGAACUGACAGCAAAUUUAAGUUAUGGUAGUCAUUUUAGAUAAGCCAAAUGACAUCAAAAUUGUCAUCAGGAAAAGUUAACUCUUUCCUGGAUAGGAAAGUUUAAUGAGGUAAUUAUGCCCUCUAUUGACCAAAUACUCUAUAAUACUAGAUAACGUUGACACACCUACAGUUUCCUAUUGGCCUUAUCAACUAAUGACGUACAGAGAGUCUGGCCUUUUAAAAGUUAAGACAAAGGGAAGAGAGAGGGUAGUUUGGGCAUUCAGAUUUGGAUAUUCAGAGAGAUCCAGGACAGAUAUUCAGGACACUCUGGGUCUAACACUCAACUCUCAAACUCUCUUGGACACAACUCAAGAAACACUCCUUAACACUUUGAAUUUUACUCUUACUUUCUAACCAACAUCACUUUUCUCUAUUACUUACACACCUCCAUACAACCAAUCAUACUCGCAUUCAAGUUCCUGGGACUACCUUCUCAUCCGAUGAGAACAUCUACAUCAUAAUUAUGCUGGUUUUAUUUAAUUAAUCUAAAUUAAUUAAAAUCUAUUAAUAGCAUGUGUAACGGCUACCCAGGUUGUAAGGGGGUAUCAGCCGUUAGAGAUGUCCUAUUCCUGGCAAGCUGCUGUGUAGUAAUGGAGUUUCUUAUUCCCAUCCACGAGAUCCAAGAGUAAAGUCAGGCAUAGUUGUAAAAUGGAGCAAGGUAAUUGUGCAGUAAAUCCCCUUCUAAGAACAAGACGAGGCUACGUUUUGAAGGGUCAAGCAGAACUAACUUUUAUUGACAGGGAUUCUCCUUUUAUGCAAUUCUGCCCUUGGGAGGGCGACACCUACAUAAUUAGUACAAUACCCAAUCACAAACAUGGUACAUCCCACACGUCUCCUCCCCUCAGAUAAACAGUUAACAUAAUUAUUAUACACACAUUUUUACCCAAGUUUUGGAUGUACCCCAAAUACUGGGGGUACACCCUUAAAUUCAGUAUCCCCAGAUAGCCCUCAUCUAGGGGAACAACAUAGUGAAAAAUCAUCCCAUUCGGUGAAAGCUUUCGGGAGUUAUGGGACUUUAAAGUUUUGACCGACCGCAUAGGCACACUAGCCAAAAAUAGUUCCAUAAGUUUUGGCCUUGCGGUCGGUCCUCGUUCGUGCGAUGAAAAGGCACGAAAAUCCUGCCAUCCGUAUGCAUCUUGUUGAUCGCUGAAAUCCCCGCACGUAUUAUAUCCUUUCUACCGAACGGCCGAGCGUUUGGUAGUUUCAGCACGAAGUUAUGAGGUUAUGGAGGUCUCAGCGGUGUUCACCUAGGAUCUAAACAAAGGAUUUGUGCAUUACUCACAUGAAUGGUACAUGCCGGUCUGGGAGGUAAAAUACCACAUAAUUGGACAGCAGGGUGGUCCGGUGUUCGGCAGUUUGUAUUCGUCUUUUGUGCCUGCUGAGUCUCUACCGCAUGGAUUGCAUAAAUAGACGAAUACUCGCCACAUAAGUCCCGCACUGUGCUAUAAUAAUCCACCGAACCAGGUAAGUAUAUUCCCCUGUAUUAUUAGGCAUAGUUAUUGUCAAAUAUGUCCAGGCAGAAAGUACAGUUCUGUUACACUGCUCCCCUUUUGUGGAACACUUCGGCAGACCCGGAUUGAUCCUUUUCGGGUCAACUUGGGGCUGUCCGGUCGGCUGUCAGUGUAGAAGUUCGGUUUGCCUGGACAGUCCAUCCGCGUUUCCAUUGAACUUGCCAGGGCGGUAUUGGAUGGAGAAAUUGUAAGGUUGUAGGGCUAAGUUCCAUCUCAGCAAGCGUCCAUUGUCCCCAGCCACUCGGUUCAACCAUACCAGGGGAUUAUGGUCAGUGAUCAGGGUGAAUUCCUGACCAUACAGAUACGGUGUAAGUCUCUUUAGAGCCCAGACCAGGGCCAAACACUCCUUCUCCACUGCCGCGUAGCUCACUUCCCUGGGUAAUAACUUUCUACUCAGGUACGCGACAGGGUGUUCCCCUCCAUCAUCCCCGAUCUGGCUUAGAACUGCCCCCAGUCCAUACAUGGACGCAUCUGUGUGGAGACAAAUCUUUUGUUAGGGACGGGGGCAGACAAAACAGGUGCGUUGAUCAAAGCUUGCUUUAAUGCUUGGAAGGCUGUUUCACAGGCAGGAGACCACAGGACUAUUCUAGGCAAGUUCUUCUUAGUUAAGUCUGUCAGGGGUUUAACGAUGGCACUAUAGUCAGGGACAAAUUUCCUGUAAUACCCGGCCGUCCCUAAGAAUGCCAAUACUUGAGUCUUGGUGUGGGGUGUGGACCCCCUACAGAAUCUCUGAGUCAGUAAAGGAGGAGAUGAGGAAGGAAAUCCAGGAGAUGUUGAGGAGAUGUUGAGACUAGGGGUCAUAGAGCCGUCCGAUAGCCCCUGUGCCUCACCAGUUGUCCUGGUACUAAAAAAGGAUGGAACUACCAGGUUCUGUGUGGACUAUAGGCGCCUCAAUGAACGUACAGUGAUGGAUGCCUACCCCAUGGGGUAGGCUGGGGUGUCCCAAGCUAGGGGUCUCUCUACCGUAGUGGGGCUAAGAGUCGGUUCUUUUCUUACCUGGGUCUCCCAGCCUGUGGUAGGAUCAUCUGCGGUAUGGGUCUGUGAAUGGGUGGUCACGGGACAAGCAGCAGCAGCUGUGGGUAAAUAGGCCAAAGCCAGAGGGCCAAUGUCGUUGCCCAACACGACUUCGGCAGGCAGGUUGUCCAUGAUGCCCACCGUGACUUUUCCCGACCUGACUCCCCAGUCCAGGUGUACCCGGGCCGUGGGUAAGCGAAACACAGCCCCCCUGCGACACGGACAGCAACUGUGCGAUUGGAUAAAUGCUCUGGUUUUACCAAAUGCCUUUGCAUCAGGGUGAUGGUAGCCCCGGUAUCUCUUAAGCCUUGUGCUACCUGUCCAUUCACGCGUACCUCCUGGUGAUGAUGCUGGCGGUUAUCUGGGGAGGCAGCUUGUGUCGGGUCUGCCUCAUAUAAGAUACCCAGGGACGUGGUGAGGUGACCUCUGCGUUGGGUGCUGUGCGUCUCCAAUUAUUAGCUGCUGAUCCCAAAGGGCAGUAACGAGCAAUAUGUCCAGUGUUGCUGCAGCGAUGGCAAGUUGUCCUAGACAAAUCCCGGGGGUAGUUGUUAGACCCCUGACGGCGUGGCGGCCCUGGGGGAACAGGAACCCAGAACUCGGGGGGGGGUUGCUGUUUGGGGUAUGAGGUUCUACCUUAUGCGCUGGUCGUGGAGUACCCUAGCUCACUUUCCUAGUUUCGGCGUACUCAUCCGCCAGCCGAGCCGCCUCGUUUGGGUUAGCGGAGCGACGGUCUCAUACCCAGUCCUUUAGAUCAGCUGACAAAUCUUAGAAGAAAUGUUCCAGUAAAAAACAAUUGUAACACUUCCUCUCUGGUGUUAGCAUUACACCUUCGUACCCAAUGUGAUGCCACCCUUUGUAACCGAUUUGCCCAUUCCAUGUGGUAAUCCACAGCCUUUUUCUUGGACUCCUGGAAGCGGCGGCGGUACGUUUCUGGGGUUACGGCAUACCUGGUUAGCAGUGUGUCUUUUACCUGUUGAUAGUGUAGAAUAUCCUCUGGGGUAAGAGCCCGAAAGGCCUCGUUUGCUUUGCCCGAUAAUUUCGCGGACAAGAUAGUGACCCACUGCUCUGGUGGUACUUGAUGUAGUGAGCACUGCCUCUCAAAAUCAGCCAAAUAUCCAUCAAUCUCUUCUUCACUUUCCACAAAUGCUUUAAAUGCAGUAAAGGGUACUUUCUUUACUGCAGUAGCGGGUGGGGGAGUAUGAACUGUUUGUGUGGUGGGCUGUUUAGCUCUUACCAGCUCAAUUCCGUGUCCCCUCUUUUCCCGAAUUUCCACUCUCACUUCAAGGAACAGACGUUCAAUCAGUUCCACUGAAGUCGCUGGGUACAUAGAUAACCUCCUCUGUACAAUACUGGUAACUUCAUCCUCCUCGCUGGCAGGAGCAAGUUGCCGUGACCUCCAUGGAUCUAUCCAUUUCUUCCAGCUCCAGCAGGUCAGCUAUCAGCUCUCUUCGGGGUUUGUUACUGGCACUCCUUCCCCGAGCCUCCACUAGAUCUUUCAGUGUGGGUCUCUUCAGUCUGGCGUACUGAGACUCCAUUCAGCACUUGCUCUGUGGAUGAAAGGACCAUCCCACCGCUGCCACCAAUGUAACGGCUACCCAGGUU